AAUUUUCUGAGAGGGAUGAAGAAUGGGAUGGUGAAAGCAGGCAGGUGUUUCACCAGGCAGAUGCACAGAUUUACAAAAGGGAGUUUCUAGAAUAAUUGCUGGUGCAGUUCUGGAAGAUGCCAGCCUCGAUCCCAGAGGCAGACAGGCGGCACAGAGCCUCAGCAGCAUUUUCUCUGAGUUUCCUCUCUUUAGUGUUCUCUAUCACAGCAUUCAGCAGCAGUUACUGGUGUGAAGGGACGAGGAAAGUGGCCAAACCUUUCUGCAAAGGGGACAGCAAAGGGGAUCUCUGCAUCCGCUUCAACAGCGCCGACGGCAACAGCAGCCAGGCUGUGCAGUACAUCUGGGAGACAGGAGAUGACAAGUUCGUGGAGAAGAAGUUCCAUGCUGGGAUCUGGUAUUCCUGUGAAGAAAUGAUAAAUGAAGAAGGUGAGAAAUGUCGAAGCUUUAUCAGUCUGACUCCAGCUUCUGAUCGAGGGGUUUUAUGGCUGUCUAUUGUAGCAGAGCUGCUCUACGUCGUGUUGCUCCUGACUGGGAACAUUUUAAUGUCAGUGGAAAUCUGCUACUACAGCUCUGUCAUUGAUGGGCUGAAGAUCAACGCCUUCUCUGCAGUGGUCACCGUGCUGGCAGGUCUUCUGGGCAUGGUUGCUCACAUGAUGUACACAACUGUAUUUCAGAUGACUGUAAAUCUUGGUCCUGAAGACUGGAGACCUCACACUUGGGAUUAUGGCUGGUCCUAUGGCCUUGCAUGGACUUCCUUCGCUUGCUGUAUGGCUGCAGCUGUCACCACUAUUAAUAAAUACACAAAAACCAUCUUGGAAUUCAAGCACAAAAGAAAAAAGCUGGAAAGGAGCUUUAGGAUUCAGUACAAGUUUCCUGAGCACACAGCUCCAGAGAAAGUUUGCAAUGUGUAUGUGAACUCUUUCCAAAACCCCACGGAUGACCCUGCACACGCGUUACGAAGCCUGAGGCACCUGGCCACCAUUUCAGUCCUGUAAAGCUGAACCAGAUCUCAAAGCAUCCUGUAAAUUACAAUACUAGAUCCAAAUGAAACUGUGUUAAUGAAGAAAAUGUAUCAAUGUGUAGUAUUAUUUAUUUUUCUGAAUAAAAAAUAUUUAUUUCAGUGGUUGUUUCAAGGAAGUCUUGGUGUUGGAAAAGAAGAUUGAGGUGUCUCAGUUCAGUUAACAACAGUGACACAAUUCCCCACAGCUGUAGUUUUUAAGCAGUGUCUAAUGGCCAGAGAGAGUGAGUUUGUUAGAAUUUUAGAACAUCACUCCACCCUGAUUCUUUAUUAAAAAGACUGUAAAAAAUCCCAUCCUGAGACCAAAACCCAUGAAAAGCAGGGCAGUAAAUCAGGCAUGUGGUGCAUGGCUGGAAUAAUUUCUUGUUAUGAAAGGCACAAUCUCUCCAAGAAAAUCUGUGGACCUCAGUUUAUGGUUUGAGAGUACACAUGGUGGGUUUGCUGGGAAAGGAAGGCUGAUAGAGGAAACAGACUUUCAUUGUAAACACUUACCUAAAAUGAGAAGGCAAACUGAAAUCUGGAAGAUUCAUGAGAAAACAAACUGAAAUCUGAAAAAUACAUGGUUGUGGACAGACACAACUCACCUAUGGAAUUCUCCAGGAAUCAUCCUGGCAACAGAGUCAGAAAGAAUCAAAUUUUGAUUUGAUUUGAUUUGAUACAUUUACAGAUGAAGAAUCUAUAAUCACAUUAAAGAUGUGGAGGUGGAAAUGAUUGCAAUCAUCAGAGAUGAGGAACAUGGAGCUUCCUCAUGGAUCAGAGCCAUGUGCCAGCUUUUCUUCACUGUAGGUGAAUCCUCCUUGGGAAACUCUUGUGAGCUCUGGUGGCAGAGGUGUUACACAGCCUCCUGAGCAGCUCUGAGACUUGGGAAAACCCUUCUGUCUCUUUAUUCAGGCAAUAAAUACAGUUUGAGCUUGUUAUGACAGCAGGAUUUGUAACAGGUCAGGUAAUGGCCAGUGAUAAGGUGGAGCUGAUAACAGAAAAGCAUCAUUAAGUCAGAAGAAAACCAUUAGUGGUAAGAGAGGAGAGGUUUUGAGUGUGUUUAAUAUAUUCAAGAAAUGAGAUUUCUUGACCUUGUUGACAGGUCCCAAAGCUGCACUGCUGCAGUUGUAGAAAAAUGAUCUCCUAAUAUCAAAUCAGAAUGUCAUGUGUUCCAGUUCAUGUCCAUUACCUUCCUUUCUUCUACUGUGCAUAUCUGAGAAGGAUCUGGCUCCACAUUCCCCACACCAUCCUACUAGGUGGCUGCAAUAGCAAUAAGAUUUCCUCUUUAAUCUUUAGAAAAGUCUUUCUUUAUCCUUUACAGUGCUCUGAAACUGCCACCUUCAGUUCAGCAGGGGAACAAAGCAGUCACUAGAAAGUUUGGUGCCCACUCUGUUAGAAGCAGUCUCAAUCCCUUGACCAAAACACAAGAUCCUGAUUCCUUCCCCUUGUUUCACACAUUUCUUUGUCAUGGAUAUGUUUCCAUCACCUUCACUGACAGAGGAAUUAUUCCUGAUUCCAUCUGACUUUCUGAUUUUUGUCAGCCCUAACUCUUUUUGCAAUAGAUUUUUACCCAUCUCAUGUUAUUCCUGGGUGUCAUGGAGGAAUUUACACCCCAUACAGUAACAUACUUCUUUGAUGCCUACAAAUCCUUUGAAAAAUCCAAUUUAAAUAACAGCCUCAUUUUUUAUUUAUUCUUUUUCUUAUCCUGCAGGUUACUAACACAGCCUGACAGUCUCUGCCAUAUGCUGUUUCCUCAGGAUUGUUUCUUACACUGGUUUGUGUGCAUACAAAGUGCUGUAGGUGGGCAAGAGCUUUUUAGAUAAUUGUGCAGUAAGAAUUUGUCCAGAUCCAUUCUUAAAUCUCAAGCUGCUUUUUUUCAUGCUAACCAUUCAAGAAGCUGUAUGUCUUCUGCUGGAUAUCUGGUAAAUAAAUUCACCUAAUGAAAUGCAAGAUUUUUUAUCUCUAUUUGUAAGCCACUAAUUCAUAUUCUGGCCUUUAUUUUAACUUUGAUACCUGGUAAGCCCUGGAACCACAUUAUUUGAAAGCAGAGGAAUAACAGCAGCAUUUUUACUCUGAUUCAUUAGAUCAAAUCAAUUUUGAUGAAUGUGGCAUCUCAGUAAAUUUCAGACACCUGUG